CAGAAGCACUUCCGGUCAGUGGGCGCGGCCCGUUAGGCCGGUUGAUACUCGGGGAGGCUUCCCUCUUCACGUCUUCUGCACACCUCUGCACGUCGUUACUUGACCUUUGCCUUCAGGAUCCGCAGCGUGCACCUGCGUUCCAUCUGUCUUCUGAGGCUUUGCCCUUCUCCAGGAAGAGCAUUCAGGAGACCAGAAAAAUGGCCACAGAGCUCCUGAGAGCCAAAAAAGAGGCAUUUGCGGCAUUCAGGGAUGUGGCUGUGGACUUCACCCAGGAGGAGUGGAGGUUGUUGAGCCCUGCUCAGAGGACCCUGCACAGGGAGGUGAUGCUGGAAACCUAUAACCACCUGGUCUCACUGGAAAUUGCAUGUUCCAAACCAAAACUCAUUGCUCAGCUGGAGCGAGGGGAAGAGCCCUGGAGAGAGGAGAGAAAAUGUUCUCUGGACCUCCGUCCUGCAGGAUCAAAGCCAGAAAUUCAACUUUGUCCCUCCUGCCCUCUGAUGUUCUCCAGUCAGCAAGCUCUCAGCCAGCACGUGUGGCUGAGUCAUCUCCCUCAGCUGUCUUCAAGUUUAUGUGCAGGAAAUCCUCUCCAGCAGGGAAAACACUGUCCAGAUCAGAAACAGCAGCAAGAUCUGUUCUGCUUGAGUGGCAAAGCAGAAUGGAUUCAAGAGAGAGAAGACUCCGAAGUCCAGUUUGGGAGAGUAAGCAAAAGUGGCACUUCAGAGGCACUCUCCAGCCCACCUGAAGAACAGCCAGCAUGGUCCAAGGAAGAUGACACAGUGCUGCAUAUAGGGCCCAGCCCUGAACAGAAGGCCAACCUUGAGGAAACAGACAAAGGAUUGCAUGGCUUAGAAGUUUCAGGAUUUGGAGAAAUCAACUAUGAAGAGUUUGGGCCAGGCUUUAUCAAGGAGUCAAACCUCCUUAGCUUCCGGAAAACACAAACAGGGGAGACAGCUUACAUGUACACUGAGUGGGGACAGAGCUUUGGUAGUAUGUCAGUCCUCAUCGGAAACCCAAGGACACACUCUGGGGGAAAGCCUCAUGUGUGUGGGGAAUGUGGGCAAGGCUUUACCUGGAAGUCAAACCUGAUCACACAUCAGAGGACACACUCAGGGGAGAAACCUUAUGUGUGCAAGGACUGUGGACGAGGCUUUUCUUGGAAGUCGAACCUCUUCACACAUCAGCGGACACACUCAGGGCUCAAGCCUUAUGUGUGCAAGGAAUGUGGCCAGAGCUUUAGCCUGAAGUCAAACCUCAUCACCCACCAGAGGGCGCACACUGGGGAGAAGCCUUAUGUUUGCAGGGAAUGUGGGCGUUGCUUUCGCCAGCAUUCACACCUCAUCAGACACAGGAGGACGCAUUCAGGAGAGAAGCCUUACAUUUGCAGGGACUGUGAGCAAGGCUUUAGCCAGAAGUCACACCUCAUCAGACACUUAAGGACACACACAGGAGAGAAGCCUUAUGUAUGCACAGAAUGUGGGCGUCAAUUUAGCUGGAAAUCAAACCUUAAAACACACCAGAGGACCCACUCAGGGGUUAAACCUUAUGUCUGUCUGGAGUGUGGGCAAUGCUUUAGCCUGAAGUCAAACCUUAACAAACACCAGAGGUCACACACGGGGGAGAAGCCAUUUGUAUGUAUGGAGUGUGGGCGAGGCUUUACCCGGAAGUCAACCCUCAUCACACACCAGAGGACACACUCAGGGGAGAAGCCAUUUGUAUGCAGGGAGUGUGGACGAGGCUUUAAUGAUAAAUCCACCCUCAUCUCACACCAGCGGACACAUUCAGGGGAAAAGCCUUUUAUGUGCAGGGAGUGUGGUAGAAGGUUUCGGCAGAAGCCUAACCUAUUCAGGCACAAGAGGGCACACUCAGGUGCCUUUCUGUGCAGGGAGUGUGGGCAAGCCUUUUGUGAUAAGUUAACUCUCAUUAAACACCAUAGAGAACACUCAGGGGGGAAGCCUCAUGUGUGCAGGGAGUGUGGGCAAGGCUUUAGCAGGCAGUCACACCUCAUUAGACACCAGCGGACACAUUCAGGAGAGAAGCCUUAUAUUUGCAGAAAGUGUGGGCGGGGCUUUAGUUGGAAGUCAAACCUAAUCAGACAUCAGAGGACACACUCAGGAUAGAAAUAGAAACUUUAUGUGUACAGGAAUAUGGUAAAGCCUUUAGCCAGGAGUCAUACUUCAUCAGAGACCAGAGGACACACAGCACUGUGGCUUUGUCAGUCAUUGCUGGGAUUGCAGGCGUGCACCACCAUGCCUCACUAAUUUUUGUAUUUUUAGUAGAGACGGGGUUUCACCAUAUUGGCCAGGCUGAUUUUGAACUCCUGACCUCGUGAUCCACUCACCUCGACCUCCCAAAGUGUUGGGAUUACAGGCGUGCACCACCAUGCCCAGCCGGAAGUAAUAACAUUUCUAAGAAAAGUUUCUGGGAGGAAAAACAAACUUGGAAAAUGAAUAAACUUAUUUUCCAGCAAAUUUUAAAAAGAUCAUAUGCUGCUUAUUUUCCUGUCAUGUUUCAGCUCCAGCCAUGCCAUUCUCCAUUCUGUGAUGCUGGGGCUGGGACUCUGUUAAAGACAUUUCCCAGAUUCCUUUGCCUUAAUGUCCAUUUAAGAGAGACUAAAAGGCAUAAAUGGAGAGGGACUUGGCAUUUUAUUUUCCAAUUCUGUCAGUAGCUCUCUAGCAGUUGAGGGGAGCUGUGCCUUGCUUGCAAAUUCCUUCCAUUCUCCCAGCACUAGACUGCCAAAACCAGUUACUGCUGGGCUGAAACCCCUCCUGAGAGCUCUCAGAUAGUGGCAAAUCCAUCUCUUCCUCUUUGUUCUCUAAGCUCUAGAGUGUUAGCUGUUUCCUCAAGUUACAAAUCUCUCCCUUGGUGCUCUUUCCGUCCUCCACAUAUGUAGUCAGUUUCCUGUAAGUAAAUUCCCAGGUGGUUCUGCUGUCUUGACUAGAUCACGAUGAACAGAGCACCACCAUUACUUGUUUUAGCAGUGCAGCCAAAUAGUUGGCAUACUUUCAGGACCACUGCCCUAAUCUGUGGAAAUGACCAAACUCAAACUAGUGUUGGACUUGGUUAUAUAAGAAAA